AUGGCAACAGGGGAUCCAGCUGCAUUCCAAGCAUCCAUGAAGCAAAGAACCGUGGUGAAGGGCAUGGCAACUCCAAGGAAGGUAGGGAUCCCAUUAAGUGUCAUGAAGUUGUUAGAUCCACGCCAGCUAAAGCCUGAUAGCACGGAGACAGAAAGAAUCCUAACUGUCUUGGAUGAGACCAUUGUCAAGCUGGAGAUCACCAGGUUGAUCCCACGGAUUGCUGGCUCCCUGGACAGGUAUGCUGGGAUGCUGGGACCUGAGAUCACAAGCAGCCUUUUGGAGCAUCAGAAGCUUUCAAUGGAAAUACAGCGCCUGCUCACCAGCCCUGGAGAUGCGAAGAGCAUGAGAGCUGCAGUGCAAUGCCUGAAAUGUUCCCUGAGAAACAUCCUGAGGCUCUUCCUGGCCAACCCCUUGCUUUACCAUGGGCUGAAAUAUGAAGUUCGGGUGAGAGAGUCACCAGCUGAUGUGUUUAUCAAAGCCUUCAUGGAGUUCCGGGAUUUCAUGCUUGAGAGGCUCCUGACCACUCCUGAUGAGGAGAAGGAAAUGAUUGAAUUCAUGAAUGACAUUUCCCUCCAGGUUGAGAAAGACACAGAAAUUAUCUCAGCUCUACAGGGAGAGCUGGCAGGAGUCAUCCAGACUCGAGAUGAAGAGGUUAGCAGGAAGGACAAAACAAUUGAAAACCUCAAAACUAGCAUGGAAGAUCUGGCCAAGAACUGCAAGGCUGACAUCCGGCUGAUCAUGGAGGAAGGGGAAAAGCAGCAAAAAGAGGAUAAGGAAGCCUCCCAGGAGAGGUGUGCCAGGCUGAAGCAGGACAUUCAGCGCCUGGGAACACAGUUCAAUGCACUGGUGCUGGAGCAUCGAGCCUCAGAGCUGGUUCUCAGGAAGGAAAAGUGCAAAGCAGAGAAGGAAAUUCAGGAAUGGGUCCAGAAAUAUGACACAGACAUGACAGAAAAACAGACCACAUAUGAGGAGGUCCAGGCUGUCUACAACGAGGAGAAGGUACAGCUGUCCCUGCUGAUGGAGAAACACGCCAUGCUGCUCCAGGAGUACACCCAGAUUGAGGAGGAACACAAGAUACUCAAGGAGAAGGAGGAGGAAGCUGCACAGGAAGAGGCCAGGAGGAACAAUGCUGCCACCUGCAUCCAGGCCUUCUGGAAAGGCUACUUGGUGCGGUCCAUCUACAAGUCAAAACUGAAGAAGGGAAAGGGCAAGGGCAAAGGCAAGAAAUAA